UUUCAGUAACCUAUAACGUAAACAAUGUUUUCUUCCAGCCUCCAGUAACAAAAAACCUAGUGACUAAUUGCAAACCUGUGACUGACAGAAUUCGUAAGGCAUACAAGGACAAAAACAAAUACAGGUUUGAAAUCAUGGGAGAAGAGGAAAUUGCCUUCAAAAUGAUUCGCACAAAUGUUUCUCAUGUAGUUGGUCAGCUGGAUGACAUACGAAAAAAUCCCAGAAAAUUUGUUUGUCUAAAUGACAAUAUUGAUCAUAAUCAUAAGGAUGCUCAGACAGUUAAAGCAGUGCUUAGGGAUUUUUAUGAAUCAAUGUUUCCCAUACCUUCCCAAUUUGAACUGCCAAGAGAAUAUCGGAAUCGUUUCCUUCACAUGCAUGAACUGCAAGAAUGGAGGGCAUAUAGAGACAAGCUCAAAUUCUGGACCCAUUGUGUUCUAGUAACACUUAUUGUAUUUACGGUCAUCUCAUUUUUUGCUGAACAGGUUGGGGCCUUAAGUAACCCUUUCCGUGGUCUGAUGAAGAGGGUGUAAUUCUUGAAAGCUAAUUGCACUUAAACGAAAGAUUUUUCCAAGGAGAAGGAUCCAAAAGGAAGUUGGUCAUGAACGAAUCAAAGUGUAGAAGGGCUUUAUUGUGGAGAUCAGUCUACCUCAAGAUGUGAUAAGCAUUUAAAAUCUCUGUCUCAUAAGUGUCUUUUAUGUUUGACAUUCAACUACGUUGAUAUGAAGAAAAAAAAUCAUGCAUCUACAGUUAGAAUCUCCACAGUACUCUUCAUGAUAUACAAGCUGCUGGAGCUGUGACAAUGCAAAACAACAAAAAAAAUAAUUGCAGGAAACCUGUACAUAGGCAGUUUUCAACAGAUCUUACUUUACAACUGCUAGUUCAUGGCCAUGUUAUCCUUUUUUAUAAAAAGGGUUACCUAAAGAAAUGUAGCUGCAUUUAUUGCAGUGGAUGUUGCCAACUUGGAAGGCAAAGUUGUUUGGGAUCAACUUAACAGGUCCUUGAUCUUGCAUUCCAAAACAUUUUGCAGAUUUCUGUCGUCGCUGCUUUUUUUAGCGUUAUGGGAAAAUUGAGAAUUAUGUAACUUGUCAUUUAGAUUUAGUAUACAUUUCUUGAUGUUGACAUUCUUUAAAGCACAGUGACAAUUCUUGCCCUAUUUGUAGUAUUUAACUGGGAUUUGGAAGAAAUGUACACUAAUAAAAAAUACACAGUAAAAGAACAACUAAUGGUUAUUUGAAAGAUACUUUAUAUCUAUCUGGUGUAUUAUAUUCCAAAGAAUACAAUGGUGUUAUUUCUUGACUUGAUUACAAAGAGAGGGUUGUAAUUCGAUGAAAAUGAUCAAGGUAUAGUAUUUUACAAGCGUUGUAAGUAUAAAAGCAAAAGUGCCUCUCCAUAUGAAUGGGUAACAAACUGUUUUAAUGUAGCAAUGUAUGGGAGAAGUGUUUCACUUCAGAAAACAAUAUUUGUACUGACAUGAAGCUUUGGUGUUUUUAAAUUUAACAGGGUUUGGCCCUGUAUUUUGUUGAGUCAUCAGAAUAGUACGGUUUUAUGUGGGAAAGGAUACUGAAUCUUUUCAAGCAAAAAUUUUUGGUGGUGCAUCUUCAGUUAAUUGUACUAGCAGUAUUCAGAAAAGCAUUAAUUUUUGUAAUCAGAUGAUGUACAAAAUGUAUGUGCAUAUGUAUUGUAAGAUACUUGGUUUGCUUUGAAAUUAACUAAAAUGUGAUAAAAGUUU